UUACACGCGCCAUAUCCUGCGACGGCGGUUAAAAUGACAACACGUUUCAUGAGCUACUGUCACUUUGUAGUUACCCGAUAAGCCCAACUACUGGAAGAUCUCUCGAAAUGGCUUCCUUUGUGACCGAAGUUUUAACUUCGGCGGGUAAACUGGAGACCCAGGAGGUACAGGGGAAGCUAGAUGCCCUUACUAAGCAGAUUGACUCCCUGAAGAUACAGGUGUUUGAAGUGACGCACAACAAGUACAUAGACUUCCAGUCUACCAUGAGCACAUCUGAAGAGCUGGCAGAAAAUGUGGAAAGAAUUUCGAAAGAAAUGUCAGAUGUCUCUGAUAGGAUUGAAAAUGAGAUCAAGAGUCAGUUGAACAUGUCUACAGAGGUUGUGGAAUCUCUGAAGCGCCAGCUGCUUGAGGUGACUGAUGUCAUGCUUGUUCUGGAGAGCUUGGUUCAGAUACAGGAGGGUCUUCAGUGUAUAUCGGGAGCCAACAAGACUUGUAAUUUCUCCAAAGCAGCUGAAGCCAUUCUUAACAUACAUGAUCUGCUAUCCAGUCUGGUGGAGGGUAACAAAGAUGUCAAUAUUCUCAUGGCCUUACAAACAGAAUACUGGGUACAGAAAGAAAAAUUUCUGUAUGAUAUAGGCGACAAAUGGAAGGAGCUUGUUUUUUGGACGAUGCCAGACACUAGCGAAUCAAAGCAACAAAAGUGUGAACUUAAGAUUAUGACAGGUGCAGAAAAUUUGUCCAUUUUGAAAGACAUUGUUGUAGUGAUGGAAAAGUUGGACAUUUUAGAUUCAAAAAUGAAAAGUUUUGGGGAAAGGCUAGUCCUACACAUUGCUCAGCCAUGUAUUUCUCACUGUAAAACAGUGCUGAAGGAUAGCAGUACAGGCCAGUCUAAGACCCUGACGGUCAAAUGUUGUGAAGAAAACUCAGAUAAACCGCCUUCGCCUGUAGAAGUAUUCUCCAAAAUAACACAGAUAUUUAAAUGGUUGAAUGACUGUUUUCUACACAUUGUGAUUGAUGAUGAAGGGAGUGGGCAGAGCCAGGUGUUGAUGGAGAGACUGGGUGGCAUGGUGGCUCACCAGGUGCUGGAUCUCAUUGUGAAACAAUGCCUCACACAUGCUAUUCCCACUAGUAACAAACAAAUGGAAGGCUUUCAGAAUGACAUAUCAGCUACUGAAGUCUUCAGCCAGAAACUUACAGAGAUGAAAUUCAUACCACCAAAUGAAACCACAUUGACAGAUUUUGUACAAAAUGUUAAUGUUCUUUUUGCCAACAAGAAAUGUCAGGAGAUUUUGGAGAAAGCCAGAAAUUUGAUGACAUCUGAUAUGCAUAAUUCUGUGCCUGUGUCAGAUGAUAAACCCCUUGGGGAGUUACCUCCCCUUGAAGUACGACAUGAUGUGCCUUCCGGUAAGAAAAGUAGGAAAUUGGACUUGGCAGGAGAAUGCAGACUUAGUGAUAAUACCUUCAAAUUACCAUCCUGUCACAUCAGUGUUUGUAUUCAGCAGCUGCUGACUCUUGCUUAUGAGACUCUACAUGAAGCUGGUGAGAGUUCACCACAGUGUGCGGUACAGCUGUUCUACGCUGUCAGGAAUAUGCUUGAGCUGUUUUGCAGCGUUUUCCCCACUUACCAUAAAGAGAACCUUGUCAACUUCCCUCAGCUAAGUGCCAUAUUCCACAAUAACUGUAUGUUCAUUGCGCACCACCUGAUGACCAUGGGCCACCAGUUUCGAAAAAAAUUGCCACCAUCAAUCAAUGCAACCUUUGUUGACCUUGUACAGAAAAUUCGCAGACUUGGGACGGACACAUUCCUACAACAGAUGUCGCGAAUGAAAGGUGUAAUGGCGGAGUGCCUUGGAGGAGCAAAUGGGUUUGCCAGUGUUUCUGAGGAAAAUAUGUACUUCAAUGCAGAACGUGCUAUAAAACAGACCAUGCAUCAGUUUCAUCAUCUUCAGAAGGUCUGGCAAGAGGUGCUUCCACCUAGUGUUUACAGGAAGGCAAUGGGCACACUGCUGAAUUCUGUGGUGGUGGACAUCACAGCGUCUAUUGUGGUAUUGGAGGACAUCUCCUCAGAUGAUGCUCGUCAGCUAGCUACACUCCUCACCAUCAUCAUGGAUAAGGCUGGACCACUACUGCAAACCCCAUCAGAUGAUAAGAUCAACUUGACAUUUGAACUCCAGAGGAAUGUCUCAAGGUGGCUUCGGUUUAAAGAAUUGAUUACAGUGCUAAAUGCCAGUCUAUUAGAGAUCUCCGAUAGGUGGGCUGAGGGCAAGGGUCCCCUAGCUGUAGAGUUCACACCCAAUGAGAUGAAACAACUGAUCAGAGCCUUGUUCCAGAACACUGAGAGGAGGGCUGCUGUUCUGGCCAAAAUAAAGUAGAACUACAGGCAACAGUGUGCAAACAUGUGAUGCCAUCAGACAUAUUUUGUCGAGACCUUCAGUUGGUGUCCGUUAUCUUUACUUUCAAUAUCGUUCAUUGUAAAUUAUUAUUGCCUUGUUACAGGAAGUGCUAAAUACCAUGUAUACCUAUUUCGAUAUGACCCUCAGUUGGUUUACAUGUCUGUUCUUUAUACUUUCAAUGUCGUUCUUUGUAAAUUAUUAUUGCCUUGUUACAGGGAGUGCCAAAUAUUUCUUCUGUAUGAUAUGUAUAUACAUAACACAGGCUUAGGGAAGCAAGAUUGAUUCAAGUUACAAUGAAAGUGUGUAUACUAUAUAACGGACUGUGAUGAGCUUUCCAGACUAAUGAGAAGUUAAAUUUGAAACAGAUUGUUUAAUAAUAUACAACAUUUGAUAUAGCGCCCUAUCUAGCUAACAUGAGCCACUCUAAAGCGCUUUACAGUACAUAGAUAUACAAUUAAUACAAUUAGG